AUGAACAUUAUGGCUGACACAAACUGUUUACAUAUAAACUUUGCUACUUUCUUCAAUGAAAGAUAUGAUGAAAAGUUCUUCAAAUGGUUUCAACCUGCACAAUAUUCAGAAGCCGUGAAUCAGGCGCGGUUAAUAUUGCAUCGAUUGGAGGAAGCAGAGAGCAUCAUCAGAGAUAGUAUUCUUCCCUGUAAUGAAGAAGUUGAUGACUCAUGUGGGCUUCUAGGGUUCUUAGCCUGUCUGCAGUGUCAUCGUUGGAGAUUCAACAUUCCUAAAUUCAUUACAAAAAACAUCUGUAUAUUCUCCCUUAUAUUACAAACAUUGAAUUUGAUAAUUCUCACAUUGAUAGACAUAUUUCCUGGACAGAACAAAAACCGAACAAUAAUAUUGAGUGCUGUUAUUAUGAUCUCUCUUCAGUUAAGUCAUCUUGUGUUGGUUAUAUUAACUUCAGCGGAACUUGCAAAGAAACUUUUAUCUCACUCUGGGAAUGGUUUUCUUCUGUGCCAAUCAUAUAUUUCUACCAUCCUCCUCUUUUCUGGAAUUUACACUGUGACUUUCCGUUUAAAUCCCAAGGGUUGGAAAUUUGUUGAUGAGAACAUCAAUGAUCCAGUGCAGGUGGUAGAACUGUGGAGCAAAUUCUUGUUCCUCUCUGUAUCAUCAGGAACCCUUUGUGGUUCAAGUAGCUUUCUUCCUAAGGUUUGGUACAAUAAUCUGCUCGUCUCCAUACAGAUGUUGCUGAGUUUCAUUUAUUUCGCCUCGAUUUUGGGCCACUCUGUCCGACCAACACUAAAAGUGAUGCCUACUCGACUACCCACAAUUAAUGGAGGGCAAUUGAGACGUGACUCCUGCAUCAGCCAAAGCAGCCAACCUGUUGUGCCUGAUUAUGGUUCCAUCAGUGGCAGGUAG